CUGGUCUAGGUAAAUAAUUGAUUUCCGCUUUACAAAAUAUUUUGAAAUGUUGUUCAACAGCCACGAGUGUCCUGGGGUUUGAUAGUUCAGGUCCAAUAUAUCAUAGGCCAUGUCGGGAAUUAUCCGCGCACUGAGGCGCAUGGCAGGGCGCUUGUCAUUUAGACGCAAGAAAAAACGUCGACGAGAUUCGCAACUCUCACCUCAGCAACAACCAGACGACGAAUUUGAGAAAGAAAAGGAACAACCAGAAACUGAUUUAAAGAGGGAACCAGCAGACGAUAUCAUAGUUGACGUUCACAGAGACACGACAGACGCUGACGUCACUGACGCCAAAGACGGGUCUGACGUAUCAGACGAUAAAAUGGAGGACAAGAAGAAAUCAUCAGAGGAUUCAUCGUCCUCAUCGUCGGAUUCAGAUCAGGAAAAGACUUCCGGUGCAACCUCAAAAUGGAAAUUUCGAACAAAAGUGAAAGAGAAGAUUCUGCAGAAGCAGUUCGAUGAGUGUGACGGGGAGAUGUGCGUGGACAUGUUAAGGACCCCCACCGUCAAGGCGUUCACGGCCCUCAAAAGGAAACUAAAGAAGUCCGAUAAAGCCUGGGUCCAGGGCUUUCUGGACUGUGGCGGUCUUGACGUCUUGUUGGAUGCUGUUGACGUCAUCAGUAGUCGACGUGUGACGGAUUUGUCCGAAGCCUUGAAGCUCUUGGAAUGUGUGUCCUGUAUUACCAAACUGGUCAAUUCUAAGAUGGGACUGUCUUUCUUAGUUCAGCACGGCAGUUACACAAAGAGACUUGUUAAAGCACUGGACACAAACAAUGUUAUGGUGAAGAAACAAGUGUUCGAAUUACUUUCGGCGCUGUGCGUGUAUUCUAAUGAAGGAUACAGACUGACAAUGGACGCCUUAGACAGCUUUAAGACAUUAAAGAAGCAGAGGUACCGUUUCAGUUUGAUUGUAAAUGAGCUGAGGAUGGCGGACUUGGUUCCAUACAAGACAGCGUUAAUGGCUUUUGUUAACUGCAUCAUCGUGGCUAAUGAAGAGCUAGAAGACAGAGUGAGAGUCCGUAAUGAAUUCAUAGGAUUGAACAUCCUUGAUAUGAUCAACAAUUUAAGAAAUGAAGAUGACGAGGAUUUGAUCAUUCAGUGCGAUGUUUUUGACGACGAGAAGGAAUCAGACGAUGAAGAGUUAGCGGCCCUGAACCCUGCGUGUGUCGACAUUAACGAUCAUAAAGAAGUCUUUAAUGCCCUUUAUCACAAGGUUUACAACACGCCUUUAGCUGAUGUGUUUCUAAAUGUGCUGCAAACUCUUUUACAAAUUGAACCAGAAAACCCACUGAGUGACGUACAGUGGAACAUAGUGGAAACGUCCGUGAGGCGUGCCUUUUUGAUCGAUGAGACACAUGUUAACAGAGCAACUGCAGGAGGGACAGAGGUCUUACCUAAAUACCCAGGGGUGUCUAGGGCUGUCCAGACUGACCCCACGCCAAUAAACAGAUCGGUCUCAAUGCCGCCUCCAGCACACACCGUCUCUUCCGGCCUCUCCAAAGAAAUGUCUGCCGACUUGAAGAAAGCAUUAGAAGCAAAAUUGAAUCAAAAUUCAAAGCCAUCCUGUGAUACACUUAAAAGAAUUGACAAAGAAAUUGACCAGUGUUUUAAUUUUGUGAAUGAUGAUUUAUCAUCUCCAUCAAGUAGCAUCCAUUCCAGUUUAUCUCCAAAAACAGACUCAACAGAACCAAAUCAAAACAUUCCGGAAUCAACAUCACUAUCAUCUACAAUCUCUCAGCAAAAUGGAGGAUCAGCCCCACCUCCACCACCCCCUCCCCCACCACCACCAGGUAUGGGGUCAUCAGCUCUGUCAUAUCCACAAGACAGUGCUAUACCACCACCCCCUCCCCCACCCCCACCUCCUCCUGGAACGGAACCUCCUAUAAAUCCUCAACCGCCCCCAGGUGUGGGCCCACCACCACCACCACCUCCCCCUGGUAUGGGAAUACCUAUCCCUCCUCCUCCCCCUCCUCCACCCCCGGGCUGUGGGCCUACAGUCCCUCCUCCUCCCCCUCCACCCCCAGGCUGUGGGCCACCUCCCCCUCCUCCUCCACCCCCAGGCUGUGGGCCACCCCCACCACCACCUCCACCUGGAAUGAUCAAGUCAAAACCGACACCAUUAACAUUCUCAAACAGUCAAGUUACCUCUUCUAAGAUGUGGACUCCCACUCCUAAACACAAAAUGAAGACAUUCAACUGGACAAAAGUUCCAUCCCACACUAUAUCAUCUCAUGAAAAUGUCUGGAAAGAAAUCCUUGAUAUGCAGGAUCUGAUUAGUGUAAAGUAUGAAGCUUUAGAACAACUGUUCUGUCAGAAGCAAAUCCAGAAGAGAAAAGAGAACGAGAAAAAUAAAAUCAAACCGCCAUCAGAGAUAUUACUGCUGGAUACAAAGCGAAGCAUGAAUGUGAAUAUCUUCCUGAAACAGUUUAAGUGCAGCCAUGAUGAAAUUAUGUCCAUGAUUGAGGCAGGCGACGUGAACGUUAUUGGUCAAGAGCGCCUGCGCGGUCUGCAAAAGAUACUUCCAGAACCAGAUGAGGUAAACAUGAUCAAGGGUUUUGAGGGAGACAAAGAGAAACUCGGGAACGCAGAGAAAUUCUUCCUCAAACUUAUCCAGUUAGCGUCCUUCAAGGUUCGUAUUGAUGGCUUGGUUCUAAAAGACGAGUUUCGAGUAACGUUGGAUACACUGUUGCCAAACAUUGAAGCCGUGGUGAAGGCCUGCCAACACCUUCUAGAGAACGAGUCAUUCAAAGUCUUCCUACGAUACGUCUUACAUGCUGGGAAUUUCAUGAACGCGGGGGGAUACGCUGGAAAUGCCAUGGGGUUUCGGAUAAAUUCCCUGAAUAAGCUUAUGGACACGAGGGCCAACAAGCCUCGGGUGACACUGCUUCAUUACCUGGUGGGGGAGGCGGAGAAGGAAAAUAAAGACGCCCUGGCUUUUGUUGAUGAAAUGUCCUCAGAUCUAGCCAAAGCUUCAAGGUUGACAGUAGAUGCUCUAACAGCUGAAGUGAAACAGUUGAAAACCAACGUCAAAAAACUUCACAAAGAUUUGGAGACUUGUCCCGAGGACGUCAAAAACCAACUCAAAACUUUUAUACAGGACGCCGAGGAAGAAAUGGCAUCCCUAGACAAGAAAUUACAGGAAAUCACCGAACUGACCAAACAGCUGGUCAGCUACUUCUGUGAGAACGAAAAAUCGUUUAAAUUAGAGGAAUGUAUAAACAACCUAAAUACGUUCUGUGAGCGUGUUAAACAGUGCCAAAAGGAGAAUCUUCAAAGGAAACAGCAGGAAGAAAAGGCAGAGCGUAGGAAAAAGCAGCAGCAAGAAAUGGCCAGCAAACGAGCUAAACAUGGCCCUACAGUACCAGAACCCGACGAGGAUGGGUGUAUCAUUGAUCGUUUACUAACUGACAUAAGAAAGGGCUUCAAACUACGGAAGACAACUCCAUCAGCACCCUCAGUCAAAAAGGAAGACCCAAAAGUUAAAACUUCCCCGAUUCCAUCCCCCAAAAGUAUUGUAAGAAUGUCAUCCUCUCCUCUGUUAGACGUGGGGACUACAGGGGUUUCUGUUGAUUCUGUGAAAGAAAAGAUUAAAGAUACACAUCAAAGUAGUGAAUCGGACUCCUCCAAAUCCUCUGAUUCCUCCAGUAAAUCUGACAAUGAUAAGAAGAAAUCCAGACAAUCCCAAAAACAACCUCAAAAUGACAAUGACGUGAAAAGUUCAGCC